AUGCAACAUGUUGCACUGUUGUAUGGUUCGCAGACGGGCACUGCGCAGGAAGUCGCAGAGCGCAUCGCACGCGACGCACGACGCCAACGCCUGUUCACCAACGCGACGACGACGCUGACGCUCGCAUCGAUGGACGAGUACGACUUCAUCCACAGGCUGCCUGAAGCGUCCUGCGCCGUGUUUGUCUGCGCGACCACUGGCCAAGGGGCCAACCCGGACUCGAUGCGGCGGUUUUGGCGCUUCCUGUGCCGCAGAGCCCUGCCCGCCGACUGCCUUGCGCGAUUGCGGUUUGCCGUGCUUGGACUGGGCGACUCGUCCUAUGUCAAGUUCAACUUUGCAGCGAAAAAGCUGCAUCGCCGGCUUGUCCAACUUGGCGCGCAACCGCUGCUCGAUGUCGCGCUCGCCGAUGACCAGGACGCGUACGGUGUCGACUCAACCCUCGAGCAGUGGCUGACGUCCCUGUGGCCGCUGAUUGAAAAGAUUGCACCCAAGCCGCCGAACGUGGAUGUCGUUCCGCCGUUUGUCCUGCCUCCAAGCAGAGCUGCGACCAUCUUUUUGAAUCGCGAAACGCGGCAGCUCGAUCCGUCCCUGAAUUCGCCGUCUGCACCAGCCCUGCUUCAUCUGCAACAGCAACGGUCGUACUAUGAAACAGCCUCGGAUGAAGCGAUUUUGCGGCUGGCAGAGCAUGCGUUGCAGACGACAGAUCGCGCCAACGAACGAGCGGCAGGCGGCAUUUCCGUGACCGUCCGCGAGAAUGCUCGAUUGACUGCGGCGGGGCAUUUUCAAGAUGUUCGCAGCAUUGUAUUUGACACCCAAGAGCAAAGCCCGUUGCCAGACUACACUCCUGGAGACGUGCUUUAUUUACAACCACACAACACACCUGAGAAUGCCGAGCUGGUGGCAGACAUGAUGGGAUGGUCGCUCGAUGACACGUUUGUCGCAGUUCCAUCGGGCAUGGACCACGGAUCACCCUUUAUCAGCAAUCUUCCCAGGCCGUGCUCUGUUCGAGACUUGCUGACAAAGUAUCUCGACAUUGCAAGCGUCCCAAGGCGGUACUUUUUCGAAGUUUUGUCUUAUUUUGCCAUGGAUAUCCGAGAGCGCGACAAAUUGCGAGAGUUUGCCUCAAUGGAAGGCCAG